AUGGAAUCUUUCAAGGAGUUUGUCGCGAACCAAGUGGCUCCAGAGGGCACAGUCUCUGAUGGAAACAAGACUGGACAACCACCGGCCGAUGAGGCGACUCCAGAUACCAAGGAGACUAACCUGGAGCAACAUGAAGUGGACGGCGUUGGCGAUCCCACGCCGGUAAUCAAGGUCAAUUCUGAAGACUCUGAAUCUCCCGCAGAGGCUGUGCCGCAGAUGUACCCUCUAUUGUCGAAUAAUCCACCGGACUCUCCGCCUCUGGCACCGGGCAAACGAGACGAAGAGGAUGAUGACGACGACCUGGAUAUCUCGAAGUCAUUUAACCGUACAACGAGUCCGGCUCCCUCCCUGAAACGCAACAAGGGAGCGACAGUGGGCAAGGUUGGCGAGGAGGGUGUGACCAGAAUGCACAAGUUCACGCUGCACGAAACGGCCAACUAUUACUACAUUGUUGGGUCGGAUCUCCUGGAUACUGCUUUUCGAAUACUGAAGAUUGACCGGACGUCUGAAACAGGAGAACUUAACAUCACCGAGGACGACAUUGUCUACACUAAGAAAGAGACGCAGCAAAUCCUCAGUGCAAUCGAUGAGGGUAACCGAGCAACGGGGGGUCUCAAGAUGAAGACGAGCUUCUGGGGCCUUCUGGGCUUCAUCCGGUUCACAGCUCAGUACUACAUGAUCUAUGUGACCAAAAGAAGCCAGGUUGCCAUGAUCGGCGGUCAUUAUAUUUAUCAGAUUGAUAAGACCGACAUGACACCCCUGGUCACGGCAGCUUCCACCAGGAUCAAGACCGACAGACAUCUCGAGGAAGCUCGGUUCGUCAGCAUCCUGGGAAACCUCGACUUGACAAGGUCGUACUACUUCAGCUACUCCUACGACGUUACCAGAACCUUACAGCACAACAUCACACGGGAACGGCAAGCGCUCUUUGAUGGGCUGGCUGAGCCAUUGAAGCACGAUCAUAACGACAUGUUCGUCUGGAAUCACCACUUGCUCCAGCCUGCCAAGCAAGUACUCAAAAACCCAUUCGAUUGGUGUUUGUCAAUUGUGCACGGCUACGUCGAUCAAAGUGCCCUGUCCAUCUACUGGGGAAGGGUUGUGUAUGUGACGAUCAUUGCACGGCGGUCUCGUUUUUUUGCCGGCGCUCGAUUCCUCAAACGAGGCGCAAACGACUUGGGAUACGUGGCGAACGACGUUGAAACCGAACAGAUCGUGUCGGAAAUGCUGACCACGUCGUUUCACGCCCCGGGCCCGACGCUGUUCGCGAACGACAAGUACACCUCGUACGUCCAGCACCGUGGCAGUAUCCCUCUGUAUUGGACCCAGGACAACACUGGUGUUUCGCCGAAGCCGGAUAUCCAUCUAAACGUGGUGGACCCGUUCUUCAGCGCGGCGGCCCUGCACUUUGACAACCUCUUCAAGCGGUACGGUACUCCGAUAUAUGUCCUGAACCUUGUCAAGUCCCGCGAACGCACCCCCCGGGAGUCGAAGCUUCUGAAGGAAUACACCAUCGCCGUCAACUACCUCAACCAGUUCUUGCCCGAAGACAAACAGAUCCUGUACCACGCUUGGGACAUGAGCCGUGCCUCCAAGAGUCGCGACGGCGACGUCAUUGCCAGCCUGGAAGCCAUCGCGGAAGACAUCCUUCCCAAGACCGGCUUCUUUCAAAACGGCAACGAUGAAAAAACCGGCUUGAAGCUCCAGAGCGGUGUGGCUCGGACAAAUUGCAUCGACUGCCUCGACCGCACGAACGCCGCGCAGUUUGUCAUCGCGAAGAAAGCGCUCGGUUACCAGUUACAGGCACUCGGAGUGAUCGAGGACACGUCCGUCGAGUACGACUCUGACGCCAUCAACUUGUUCACGCACAUGUGGCACGACCACGGCGACACGAUAGCCGUGCAGUAUGGAGGGUCGCACCUCGUCAACACAAUGGCCACGUAUCGCAAGAUCAAUCAAUGGACCAGCCACUCGAGGGACAUGGUCGAGAGUUUCAAACGGUACUACAACAAUUCAUUCAUGGACGCCCAACGCCAGGAAGCGUACAAUCUCUUCCUUGGGAACUACGUCUUCGCCCACGACAAGCCCAUGCUGUGGGAUCUGACGACAGACUACUACCUCCACCACUCCGAUCCGCGAUCAAUGUUUGGCAAACGCAGGCCGAGCUACCGUCAGUGGUAUACCUCUGAAUAUCUCGUCUCGCCAUCGAUACCACCAUCACUGUGGCCACGGAACCUGCGUGACCGGCCGCUCGGGUACUUUGACGACUACUGGGUCGAAUACUACCGACCACUGGCCAUAACGUCGUUUAAGAAGCUCUUCUCGUUCAAAAUGCACUCGAACCUGCGGUACAUCCCGAUCAACUCGACGUCGUCAGGCAAAUACGACUUUUCACCGUUCAAGGUACGCACGGGGAACGAGAGUGACGGCGAAGGCCACGAGAAGAACGCCGCACGCAAGGGCGUCAAGAUUGUCGCACCUUCGGACGACGCGGCGUCCGUUGCUGGAACCGAAUCAGUCGCUUCGUCCAUGCCACAUCACGCGACACUCGAGCCGGCACCCAAACCCAAACCCAACGCGCUCGGCCCUUGGCUCGACGCUCAACAACAACUGCACAACACGCUCCAUCGUCGCCAAUACACGGGGAUCAUCAAGGAGCCUUCGUUCGAGGUCCAGUCGCCUUCUGUGCCGAAGAUCCCCAAGCUUCCCACUGCCACGACAAGUGACCUCACGAACAGUUCGCUCUUGCAGCCCACCAAGGCCGAACUUGCGCUGCAGUCGUUCACGUCGCUGAUCACGAGAUCUCUAGACCCGCAGGUCCGCCAGGAAGGCGAGUACCAGCGAUACGUGCGACACCCUUCGAACAUCCCGCUCGUGGUGUCAUCCGACAUUGACUAUUCCUCUGCGCCUCUUGAAUUUCUCGAGUAUCUCUCCAAGACCACGUCCGACCCAGCCGACCAUAAAGUUCUGCGUCACUACGACGACGACCGCGGGGCCGUGAGUUUGACCAUGGACGAGCGUGCGGAGGCCAGUCUGGACGAGUAUACUGAAUACAUCGCCAGUGGGGCCGUGGAAAACCCCUUGACCGUGCUCCACGAAGACGGCGAGAAGAAGAGAUACAAGGCCUAUAGGAAGUGGCUGAAGGGGAAGAGUUUGUUCAAGCAGCGGCCUGUGGUUGGUGAUGACGUUGACAAGGUCUGA